CUCCAGGUCCUGCACAGCUGAAUAAGGUUGGGCUCAGGUCCUCAAAGGAUCUAUAAAAUUCAAAGAAAAGCUGCGUGUUCUCAUUUAGAAUAGGAAAAAAAGAUAUUUAUUACAGCAGCAUAGUAGCAUAAAGCUGUAAAGAACCUAAAUUGUCCAUUAUUAGUUGUGCUAAAACUGAAUGAGUCGAAUCUAGUUCAUUGCUGGGGUUUUACUGUAUAGGGGAGUGUGAAAUUAUUAUUAUUAUUAUUAUUAUUAUUAUUAUUAUUAUUAUUAUUAUUAUUAUUAUUAUUAUUAUUAUUAUUAUUAUUAUUUUACUGAUCUAACUGUAGCUGAAAUACGAAGUGCUGUCCGAGUAUUGGAUUUCCCGCUGUACAAUUAAGGAAGACACUAUGAAGGACGGCAUGGCCAACAACAGCACAGCCAGUAUAUCCCAAGCCAGGAAAUCAGUGGAGCAGCUCAAGAUGGAAGCCUGCAUGGACAGGAUCAAGGUGUCCAAGGCUGCUGCUGAUUUGAUGGCAUACUGUGAUGCUCAUAUAAGGGAGGACCCGCUCAUCUGCCCAGUGCCAGCCUCUGAAAACCCCUUCCGGGAGAAGAAAUUCUUCUGCACCAUCCUGUGAGACCCGUGUCGUAGAGCCAUGGUGCCAAGGAGGUUUGCAGUUACAGUGUGCUGCUCCCUCUGCUGUGUUCUGGAGGAAGAGUUGCUGUUUUCAGAGUUGAAUCAGUCCAACAUUUACCUUCAGACUUGAUGGUCAAUUUGUACUCAACCUAGGGAUCUAAAAAAGAAUAUAUGAAAUGUAAACUGAUUAAAUCAAACUGGAGUUCGACGUGGUGCUUGACCCUGAUCACUUGCUCUUUACAGAACACACACUUUCACUUUCCUUUUUUCAUGCCAUUUCUAUUCUAAUUUCCAAUUAGACUAUACUUGCAGUGGCUUUGGGGUCAUUCAUGGAACCCUGUGGUAGCUGUCAAUCCAUAAUGUUUGUCCUCAACAUUGUAUUGCUGUACCAUUUAAUGAAGCCACAAUAAAUAUAUCUGUCUACCUUUGUGUUCUAGUUUUCGCAACCUAACACCAUUACAUCACUACCCGUACAGUAUAACUUAUGCCUAGAAUAAAAUGGUUGGGUCUCAAUUGCCUCAUCCAAUAGCCAUACACCCAAUUAACAAGCACAGAUCCACUCUCCCAGUUACCAGCUACCACCUCGCCCAUCUCUGCCCUAUGGUUAGCCUCCUACGCUGAAUCAAUUGAGUCAAGACUAAUAUCCCUGCCAACACUCUGCAUAACAGAAUCGGCAGUGCAGGCAGCGGGUCGAACACCCCUGUUAGCAGCAACGCCAUCACUCAGGGUAUUAGUGUCCCAUUUGUCUGGCUACAGUCGCAACCUGUCAUGUGUACGCCUCUCAUUGACUAUUGGAAUGCAGUAGACUGCGUGGGUAGAACUCAUUUAACUUGAAAUGGUGCAGCAGCACACUGUUGCAGACAGAAAUUUUACUUUCCCCUACAAUGCUAAAGGCAAUGUUAUAGCCAGGCUAGCCAAGCACACUCAUGCUUAUGGGAGGAGUCAGGUUCUAAAAAGCUAAAAUGAAACACACAGGAGUGAAAUACACAAGUUUAUCAUAAAAUAAGAUUGCGGCUAUACUGUUUAACGGAUUGGUUUGGCAGGUUUAUUCGAUCCCAGCGUUACUCUUGAUAUAUUGUCCCCUCUGUACAGAAACACUCUAGCUGCUAUAAGUCCAUGUCAUUUCCCUAUGACUUCCCUGUAAACCCCAGUGUGUAACUCCUUCCUCACAUGCUAGGCACACGCAUGCAUGCCCUUUUGCUCAGCUUCUGUUCAUUUAAGAAGAGACAGUAGAUCUUAUAAAAUGCAUGAUGUUAGUUUUGUCAAGUGCUGUGAGACAGAUGUAUCUUGUAUAUUAGAUCACAGCCUUGACUCCUUGAAAAAAAAGCACAAUUUUAAAUUGUAUUGUUUUGUUUUUAGUUUUUUUAAAUGACACAUUUUUACAAAGUAGAAGUGAAAUAUAUGUUUACAGUAUGUUGCAGAGCUAUUUUUAGACAGAGGAGGAACGACGUGUGGUGCUCCAGCUUUGACAACAAAUUAAAAGUUGUAUCUUGUUUUGUAAAGUGUACUGCACAGAAAUGUGUGUUGCGCAAAAAUAAUAUAAUUCAGCAUGUAGUUCUAUUGUGCCACGUGUUAAAACCCCCAGUAAGUUAAUAAACAACUACACCAUUUUUAAAGCGAUAGUGGGGUCUUUUUUAAUGGUCUUAACAGUACAAUCAGGUUCUCAAAAAAUCAGGUUUAUACAUUUUAGGGCAGCAAUAUCAUGAUCUGCCACAGAUUAGAUGAUUAAAAUAGACUCUAGUCUGAAUGCCUUGAAAAGCAGUUCUACAACAAAGUCAACAAUAUCCAUUAUCCCAAUAUACCCAUUUGUUCCCAGUACAUUUUUAUAUGUACUGUUUUUAGCCAGUUCUGUUCAAAUGUCUAUCCUUGACCUCUUGUUUAUCGGUAACAUUUGCUAGGAGACAUUAUUACACCUCCUCUCAAAAGAUGUUUACUGGUAGUCUAGGAUGAUAGGCUAAUUAAUUAGGGAGUCAAAACAGCAACUUGGUAUGGGUAUGAAAUAGACCAGGCAUCACAUCCUGGUGCCUUUUCAGAACUCAGAACUUUAAUUGACCCCUAAUAAAGCUCUUAGAAUCAUGUCAUGCCUCCAAGUACAUCUAUGACAGACAAGUAUGACAGAAAAGUGUGUAACCAUUAACCUGUCCCCCUGCAACACGAUUGGGUAUAAGGAAUACCACAUUUGUUCUAUGUGGUAUUUCUUUCUGAUGUUUUUCUUACAUUACAUUACAUACAUUUCUUACAUAUAUACUGUAAAUGGAAUGUAAACAAACAAGCUGGUAAACAAGGUCUGUGUCUUAAAAAACUCAAGUGCUAAAAUAUGGAAGACUAUAGUAUAUUAUAGACACUAAGUUUUUAGCCUAUGAUACAGGGGAUUCUACAUAUUUAACUGUCUAUUGCAUACUGUUCAGAAACAAGCAGGAUAUAAUUAUAUUAAGCAAUAAAAUAGCUUACUUAUUUAAAGUUUAAUAAAAGCAACAUUUUCCUCAAGAACAAAAUACGUUAAUGCAGCCAGGAACCUCCGCUAUCUGUUCUAUCUUUUGCUCAUUAGAGAUCUAAAGCAAAAAAAAAAAUGGAAUUAUAAGAAUUUUCAUACGCUGAAUUUAAUUUCCAUCCUGCUUGUCUGUCUGUAGACCAGACUGAUUGAUGUUGUGCCACUGCACUGUGACUAUGUGUUUAUUUUAUAUCCUAAAAUGCCUUUCAGCAUUUGUAGACAAACAUAUCUUUGCUACUGUUUCUAUUUUAAUCAUGCUUAAACAGCUAAUUUCACAGACCCUGUUUAACACUAAUCAUGGACCACUAAAGUGGUUAUUAUAGCUAAUGAACUAAUUGAAUAAAUCUUACUCGCCAUGUACUUACAUUAGCUAUAUAUCUCUGACGUGUGUGAUUAUGAAAGUAAGAAAAAAAAAUGUUAUAGCAAACAUGUAUUUUUAUUUAUAAAAAACAGAAUAAUCAGGUACUACAGGCUACUAGGUGAAACAUUUCUAAGUUUUAGGAAGUCGGUUUCAAUUCCUUCUGUAGCUCAUUGCCCCUCAUCAGUGUCUCGGGGGGCAAAGUGUGUCAGUAAUGCAGUUGAUUGGUUAAUGACAGGAAUAAGACACUGAAGGAGUGGGGACAUGUUCAGUCUCCUAGUGAAAUGGCAUAGGAAGUGUAAAGCAAUCUGAAAAUAAAAUUCCUAUAGUACAGUAUUAGAUAUCCUUUUUUAAAAUGUUUUCUGUAUUAUUUGUUUCUUUCAGAACUGCACAUUUGAGACCCAAAUAUACCCAAAGUAACUAAGUUCACAAACUUAGCAUUCAUAGUUAUUUUGAGCAUGAACUGAUGUCACUACAGAUGGCAUAUUCUGAGGGGGAGGCACAGACUUUUAGUAUUAAUUAUCAGGAAAAUGGAUAGACACUUUUCUUGUCAGUGUUUAAAGGACAACUACUGUUAAUUUUGUUUACAUGAUGUAUAUUUUUAAAAUAUACAGUAUAUAGACACCUGAACUACUUCUUACUGGUAGGGCUUCACAUUGUUAUUAAACUACCAAUAGUAUGUAUUUCUGAAAAUGCCCAGACAUCUACAUGAGCAAUAGCUUCAGUAUUAGCACAAAGAGCAAGAACAAUGAAUACAAAAAUGAUACAGGACAAAAAUGAUACAGGACAAAAAUGAGCAAACAGCUCUAAAGUUUUCAACUAACCCCUGAGCAAUGUUCAAAUAAUGUGAAUGGCUAAAUCCUUGUCAAUGGGUAAUGGUUUCUAAGACCACAAUUUAUCUACAAAUGCCCUCCCUCUAAAUCAGAUGAUUGAUUAUUCCACUAAACUAAUAUUACAAUAUACUGUUAUGUAAAUCGAUUGCGGUCGUGUUUAAACUGGAAAAUGUUAUGAAGUAACUGCAUUUCUUCCGCAGUGCUGACACCAUGAGUUAUAGAAAUGUCAAACGACCAUGUUUAAAGGGCAACCUCACUAGAAUUCAGUUCCAGUCUUGUAGAGUUCAAGUGUUUUUUUUUCUAAUUGAUCGAUAAAGCAUGGUUCCGAAAAAUAUAGCGUUACACGUCCCCACAUGUUGCUACAGCUGUUUAAAUAAUGUACCUGUAAUUUUAGUUUUCAUUGUUAACCUCCUGACAACUUUUUACACUUAUAACUUUAAAGUCUGUUUCAAAGCUUUUUUCAAAAUGUCUGCUUUAGUGCAUUGAUAGUGUAAGGAUUAUUGCCAACAUUGUGAAACAGGUAACACAACAAUAACCAUCCAUGAUGUGGUACAGAACAGAAAAGCCAGAGAACUUGUUGAAAUGUUUUUUUAAUCACUUCCUGCUGUGAUUUAGGACAUUUUGGACAGCUUUCAAACAUACUUUAAAGUUAUAAGUGUAAAACGUUGCCAGGACAUGGAGAUGUAUAACGCUAUAUAUUUUGGAACCCCACUGUUUACUCUUUAAGGGAUGUAAUAAAACACAUUUGCUGGUAGUCUUUUAAAGACAAAGAGGUAUCGCUCAUUAAAAGGGUGGGCCUUCCAGAGCAGUUAAGGCAUUUUGGAGCCAUGUGGAGUAGCUUGCAUUGUGGUGGUCUGCUUUCUACCUGUUCUGGUGGUCAAAGGAAGGACUUGAAUCUCUAUUGUCCCUCAUCGGUCAUGAGCACUAAAUGCACUAAAAUAAAACAAAAAAGAAAACAAUUAUAAAUAAAUAAUAUUUGUUGUUAUUACAUUUGAAAAGGUAUGAUGAAAAAAGAUUAAUUAUACGAGAUUGGGAAUAGGAUAACAUAAUACGUUUUGAAAACGAUUACAUAAUAGGGUUGCCAAGAAGGGCUUUUGCAGUUAGCUUAUGACUGGUUUCACAAACCCUGAUUGGAACUAAACUACCUUAUUUUUAGUUAAAGUAGCCCAAGAUUUCUGCUAAACAGUGAAACAUCUUAAGAAAAUGAAUAGAUAUCAAAUCUUACCUUGAUUGCAGUGCUUUUUUCCAAACCUUUCUCAAGUUCCUGGUAUUGAAAGACCUUUUCAUGUAAAAGGUUUGUUUGACUUUUUUGUUGUUGUUCUCAGCUUGGACCAUGUCUUAUGUUUGAUUUCUGGUUGUAGGAAUCAUGAUAGUCACAUGCUGUAAUCACAUGACUCGGGAUACAGAAAAAGGACAGUCACAAAAUUAACCAAUGAUAGUGCUUGCUCAUGAGCGAACUCAAAGCUUCAAAAAGGCUGUCAUCAUCAAAUCUUUUUUUAAUAAUAAAAUGACAUCACCUCCACCACUGCUGCACAUUCCUUGUGUGAAUAAGGCCCUAUGUCUCCUGUGAGUCACGUGAUCAUGUAACUCCCAUGAGUUCUUCAACCACAGUAUGGCACACUAAAAAACAACACUUUCUCAUUGAACUUCUUGCUAAAAACCAAGAAGUUAUAUGUAGUUCUUUCAUAACUGGAAAUUUAGGUAAGAUUUACUAGACCUAUGUAUUAACUUUAUGUCCUUUAAAUUACAUAAUUCUGUCAUAAUGCCAUUGUGGCUAUUUUGCAGGAUUCUAUAUAUACAGCUCUGGAAAAAAUUAAGAGACCACUGCAAAAUUAUCAGUUUCUCUGGUUUUACUAUUUAUAGGUAUAUGUUUGGGUAAAAUGAA